AUGGUUUUCGUUUUGAUUGUUAUAGAUGGUUUACAAAUAUACAAGAAAAAAAGUCAAGCCCAAUGGAACGAGGAUAUUAUGAUGCUUGCAAUAGCCGAUUGCAACGCUGGUAUUCCUGUGAAAACAACGGCAAGAAAAUAUGGCCUACCUUAUGCUACUCUGUAUAGGCAUUGGAAAAAAGGUAGUUCGAAUGCUCAACUUGGGCGUUUUCGUAAAGUAUUUAAUGACCAACAGGAAGUUCUGGAGUAUGCGAGCCAAAACAAUGUCGUCAUCUUGUCUCUGCCUCCUCACACCUCUAACAAAUUGCAACCAUUAGACGUUGCCGUUUAUGGUGCAUUAAAAAUAUACUUUGAACAGGAAAUAAAUCGAUUCCAGAAGACUCAUCCAGGGAGAAUAGUCAAUCAAUAUGAUGUGGCCAGAUUAUUUGCUCCUGCAUACCUGAAAUGUGCUACUCCUAACAACGCCAUCAAAGGAUUUCAAUCCACAGGAAUUUGGCCAAUCAAUAUGGAUGUGUGGGAAGAAAAAGAUUUUGCACCAUGCUCAACAACGUUGACUGAGCGUAAUGGCGCAAAUUCAGAAGCAACUCUACAAGAGACCACCAAUCGAGAUGUUGGGACACUUUUGACGAUGAUGUCCGACCUUCGACGUCAGGACUCCAAAGUUCAUCUGGAC